ACUCUCGCCGUUGGCCGUCGCUGCAUGCGAAAGAUAUUCCGCGGCAAUCACGUAACUCCUCCAGCCGUCUCCAGGUCUCGAAGGGAACGAUCUCUGAAACUGUUCGAGGUUUUUGAAGAAGGAUUUUAUCUCCGUGAUCAUAAACGUUUGGGUGGGUUUUGAGGAGGAAAGUGAGAUGCAGAACCAUAACCAUUCAAAGGUUAAAUGUACAUCAACAUCUCAUCAGAUUAUGAUGGCCAAUGCCAAGAGCCGGCUUAAUGAUCUCCAAGAAAGGUUUGCUGAUCUUCAAACUGCUAGGAAGGAGGGGCGAGCCGCAGAUGUGGCAGUGCUGGAGGAGCAAAUGUAUCAGAGUCUUCGUGAGUGGAAAGCUGAGCUCAAUGUGCCAUCACCGGCUUCGUCUUUACUUGUUGGAAGCUAGUCUUGGAUUCUCAGAUGAUAUAGAUCGUUUGUUGCAAUUGUACGAGGAGGAAGAUGAUGCCACCAGUGCAUUGGCAGCACCUGCAGAGUUCAAACCUGAAACUGAUGUCCGCAGCAUAGAUCCCUGUAAUGUAAAUGUCAUUCCAGAGUUGCAGGACUAUUUAGUGAAUAAUGAGGCACAGGAAUAUGGUUUUCAAGGGUUUGAUCCAUGUAAAGGAACUGUGUUGGCUUUACACACGGCAGUGCUUAGCAACUCAGAUUUAGCUUCUCAGUUCAAUUAUCAUCAAUUAAGCUUUCGUCAAGAAUUCAACCCCGAGCUUCAGGUUGGAGCUUAUUGUGCUGAACAGUGUAGAAGGGAUGCUGGACCCCACAUUUUUCCAAAUAUCUCCCCUCCACCAUCUGCUUUUAUGGGGCCAAAAUGUGCUCUCUGGGAUUGCACGAGGCCUGCUCAAGGAUCUGAAUCUUAUGAGGAUUAUUGCAGCAGCUUUCAUGCUACAUUAGCUCUGAAUGAAGACCGUCCUGGUAUGACUCCAAUUUUACGUCCCGGAGGAAUAAGUUUGAAGGAUAAUUUACUAAUUGAGGCUCUUCAGGCAAAGACACAGGGUAAGAAUGUUGGUAUUCCUCAAUGUGAAGGGGCUGCUACUGAGAAAUCUCCAUGGAAUGCCAUUGCACUGUUUGAUAUUUGCUUACUUGAGAGGGAAACAAUCCGAGAAUGGCUUUUCUUUGAUAAACCUAGGAGAGCAUUUGAGAGUGGGAACAGAAAGCAGAGGUCAUUGCCUGAUUACUCUGGACGGGGUUGGCAUGAAUCAAGGAAGCAGGUGAUGAAGGAAUUAGGGGGGCAAAAGAGGUCAUAUUACAUGGACCCACAACCUUCAGGGGGUUUUGAGUGGCAUUUAUAUGAAUAUGAGCUUGAUGGAUGUAACACGUGUGCCUUAUAUAGAAUGGAAUUCAAGCAUGUUGAUGAGAAGAAGAAGAGUCCAAAGGGGAAAGUUAUAAAGGACCCACUUGUGGAUCUGCAGAAGAAGAUGGGAAGGCUUACUGCUGAGGCCCCUGGAGAUGAUAGGACCCCCAUCAAGGGCAGGGCAAAGCCCAAUAGAAAAGGUGCCCCUGAAAUUGUUAAUUCUAGUGGAGAUUAUAUGGCUUCUACUACUGAAAAGCUGAAUUGUGAUUUGAAGAGUUCUGCUGAGAAAUGAACUUGCUAUUAUCACACAUGAUUGAGCAAUUUCUUGGGUAAUUUGACUUUUGAGAUUGGCAUCCUAUGUUUAGUAUGCUGUUGAUAGAUUCAUCUAUGGACAGGGCUGCUAUGUUAAAAUGUUGGUAAGUUAGCAUUUUCCUGGAUUAUCAAGUCGUCAUUUGCUACUGGGCCUUAUUUUACACAUGCUGGCAUCAUGUGAGUUGCAUUUUGCAUCUUGCAUUUUCUUUCUAUACUCUGGCAGUGCUGUUAAAUGCACCUAGAUAGUGUACAGUGUCAUUGACUACACCUACAUCAGAAACUUCACAUGCUGAAGCAAAUUCUAACCUGUAAAAUGGUGUACAUAAAAGGCUUUGAUGUUUGUAAAUUCAUUUUGUCAACUUCAAGUGUUUAUCUCUGUGCUGGAUUUUUUUAUCCUUGUAAUUAUAUUCAUUCAGAAGGCUGGAUUUCCCAUCUGUUCCUGAUCUUGUCGGUUUUCAUUUUUAUUC